AUGUCGUUUGGAGAGAGUGCGGCUGUCUUCAAGGCGAGAGCCAAGGACAUUGGAGUUUCUGAUGAGAGCUUCGCGAAGCUUGAGGCGGAGGGACUGACAACGAUGGCAACUUUCGCCUUCUGUUGUCAUUUCAACCCGUCGGCGACAGACGAGAAACCUCUCACCGACCUGGUAACCAAGGUUCUCGGUGCUGCGCCUUCCCUUAAGGAGAUGAGUUGCUUUCGGCGUCUGUUCGCCGAGGCAUACGCAACUGUUGCAUCCGACAUCCGAUCGCAGGUGGAAGCAACAGAAGACUCAUCGAUCAAGAAACUAGCUCCAGCAGACAGGGCCGAACGUUUGCGGGAGCAGCAGUCCAGACUUAAAGGUCUUGACUUGAGGGGCAAUAUGGAGCCAGGCGACUCCUUGAUUGAUCGGGCUGUGGCGAUCUACGAAUCUGACAGACUCCAGUAUGUGGAGUGGCAGCAUUCUGUUAGCAGACAGCAUGAGCUUCUUACAGGGCUCAAGAAGGAUGCUUCGCUUACCUUGGAUUCUGCAGGCGGCCUAAAGAUUGCCAGCAAGCCCAACGUGACUCCUUGUGAUGUGUCCACUGAUAUGAUGGUUCGCUACGCCUUAGUGCGAAGGGGCCUAGCCUUUGAACAGGCGAACAUCUUGGCGUACCAUUUGCACGAUGAGUUGCUUGAAAAGUACAUGUCUUUCAGGCUUAUGGACCCUCCUCCGAAUCAUGCGCGAGUGAGCUUGAAACAGAUUGAGCAAGCUGAUCGUCAAUUCACCAUGUUGCUCGCGGAACACACCCGCGGCGGCAUCAAGGUGAAGGCAGGAGGAUCACGGCCAUGUGACGGCGCUUUCCGCAAAGUGUUUGAGAGCACUGAUCAGACGAGCGCGCAUGACCCACCAUCGCCAGUGGCGCACGGUGGGCUAGAUGUCACACAGAGCUAUGGCUCAACUGUCGGUAUGGAACCAGCAGCUGAACAGUCGCUCAACGACUCCACUUGUUUUCCCCCGGAGCCGCCCCGUAAGGCGGCUAAAUUAGAUGAUGCAUUUGCGUUUUGCGAGUCUUUGGCAAGUCACUUUUUACAAUCUUCCGACUUCAGUGCAAACAACAUAGCGGCCAUUUUGGACGCUUUUCCUUCCGAGGACCAUACUCGGACCUGGCUGGAAUCCGAUGGCGACUCUAAGGCCAUAACUGUCGGUGCAUGCAACCGAGGAGGAGUCACCGCUGUUCGCAGCAACACGCGGCGCAUGCCAGCAGUGGCACAGUAUCUUGCCGCGUGUAUCAGACUCGUCGCACCCCAAUGCGAGUUCACGUCUGUGUCUGUGCAUCGGAACUUGCAAGCUCCAAUGCAUCAAGAUUCCUUCAAUAGCAGCGUGCCUAAUGUUGUUGUGCCAUUGUCCUCCUUCUCAGGUGGACACAUCUUCGUCGUGCAUCCUGAGGGUCCAGAUCAAACCUUCUACGAAGAUGCAUCAUGGACAGGCUUCAAACUUGAUUGCGCUACUCAUGCUUGGGCUUUUGAUGCUAAGCAUUGCAAACACUUCACCUUGCCGUGGCAGGGCUCCAGAUCUCUUCUGGUUGCGUUUACCGUGGGUCAUCUCUCCGGUUUAGCUCCCGAUGAUAGGGAAUUCUUGACCUCCCUAGGGUUUAAGAUCCCCGGCCGCGAUGUCCAGCAGGGCCCCACCAUGAAGCCGUACCCUUUGCAAGGCUACGAUUUGCGGUGUCCUCAGGUAUCCACUGAUUCGGCGCCGUUGACUCAACCGAGUCCGGCCUUCCCCUCCGCUGAAUUGCCUGCGGACGGGCCUCUAGUGAUCGAGCUGUGCGCCGGGUCCGCCAUCCUCAGUCAGACAGCCGCCAGCCGCGGCUUUGCAAUCAUGCCCGUGGAUCAUGCUCACAACCGCCACACACCUAAGUGCAAGAUGGUCAAUCUGGACUUGACCCAGAGCCAUUCCUCGGAGGUCCUCAAGUUUGUCAUCAAAUCCCGUCGUGUUGCCAUGGUGUUUGCGGCUCCGCCUUGCGGCACUUGCAGUGCUGCUCGUCACUUUCGCCCGGGCCCCCCAGUGCUCCGCACCACUUCACAUCCGUGGGGUGUCCCGUGGGCCUCCACCAGAGAUUCUGUCAAGCUCAAAGCUGCCAAUGCCAUAUACAAGCAACUAUGCGCUUUUCUUGAAUUGUGCGAUCAGCACUCUGUGCCUUGGUGCGUCGAAAACCCCACUAACAGCACCUUCUGGGAGUUGCCAUGUCUUGCGUACCCUUUGGCUCAUGGUUUCUUCGCGCAUUGCCAGGCUUGCGCUUUCGGCAGCGAACGAGAUAAGAAAACAUCUUUCUUGUGCAGCAGCUCGGGCAUCUCUCGCAUGGCUCUGAUGUGCCCAGGCUGUAAACAACAUGCAACGUGGGGCCUUACUUCUGAUGACACCUUCGCCACAGCGGAGGAAGCAGCUUAUCCUCCGGCCAUGUGCCAGGCCUUGUGUGAUGUCUUUGAGUCGGAGGCUGCCAGGCUCAACUACGUGUUGGGCUCGGCUCAGCCACUUUUGGCUCGAGCCCAUAAGCAGCCGCGAGGACGCCUACACCCACAGCUCUUGUCAGAGCACGCUGCAGUUCUAUCCCGCCUCCUGCCCCGGGCCCCGCCUCUUAAUCACAAGCGAUGUCUUACGCAGGAUGUGCACGGUGUCCCCGCAGGGAGCAAGCUCUUGCGUUCCGAAAAUAGGGGGAAUAAGGGUCUCUUCUGUGUUUUCGGGGUCUUUAGGAGCCCAGAGUCUUUCGUCAGAGAGGCCAAGCUGCUAUAUCAUCCUUUUGACUCUCUUGCGCAGUUGCCGGACUACUUGAUCAAAUCCCUGUUUGAGCAGCUGACAAAAUCCCCUGCAGAGAUCUGCAAGUUGAGACUUCUUCGUCUGCAAAAGUGGAGGGCCAGAGCGACUGAGCUGGCGCCAGUCGAGCACGCUCACCGUGCCAAGAUGCAACCGUCCGUGAAGGAGAUCCUCGCCAACAAGCGGACGGCGCUACUGGAGGAGAUGGCGGCCGAAAUAGACUGGCCCGACAAGGGUCUCUUCUCUGAGAUGCGCCAAGGCUUUCGCUUGGUUGGGUGCCUGAGCCCUUCCGGUGUGUUCAGGGAAGGAGGGUACCUCGCCUCCAUCAGCGAAUCCGAGUUGAUGGAAAAUGCAGACAGCAUCAGAGCUUCUCUCCUGGCACGUGUGUCAGCCGAUCCUCUUGACGAGAACGCCGAGGAGCUGUACGAUGUAACUCUUCAGGAGGCUACCCAGAAAAAGUGGUUGGACGGGCCGAUGACCCCAGGAGACAUUGGAAAGAGAUUCGAGGCGUGGAUCCCGGUGCGCCGCUUCUGUGUUGUGCAAAAAGGACGCUUGAGACCGAUUGACGACUUCAAGGAGAAUCUUGUAAACCAAGCCUGCUCUACGAGCGAGCGAAUCGUGCUUCAGGCGAUGGACCAUCUUUUAUGGUCUCUUUCCGUGUUGUGCCACUUCUACCGGAAGCGAGGAGCAGUCGACUUUACCUUAUCCUCCGGAGAGAGACUGACAGGUCUCGUCCAUCCUGAUUGGCAGAAUUGGGCGAGCAUGCAAGUCGCCACCUUGGACUUGAAAUCAGCAUACAAACAACUACCGUUGAACCCUUGCGACUUCGACAAAAGUGUGGUGACCUUGAAGGAUCCCAAGACAGGAUCCAUCUCGUGCUUUGUCAUGCGCACGCUUCCAUUCGGAGCGUUGGCCUCGGUGUACCACUUUCUGCGGGUCAGUUUGCUGUUGCAUGCCCUAGGGUGCCACUUGGGAGCGUGCUGGUCAGCAUACUUCGACGACUUCCCUAUGGCGACUCACUCGCUGGUGGCCACGUCAACUUCGGCUUUAGUUAAGGGUUUCCUUAAGCUAGCGGGGUUUGACUUUGCAGAGGAGAAAUGCACCCCCUUCUCUUCGGGUGUCGAAGUCUUGGGAGUUACUCUGGAUGUGUCCCAGAGCUCGGAGGGCCUAAUCAACAUCAGGAACAAGCCGUCGCGGUGUGAGGAGCUUAAUGCAGUGAUCGAGGAAGUGCUCAGGGACAAGGCCUUAGUCCCUUGCCGACUGCCGUCCUUCAUUGGCAAGCUCCAGUUCGCCGACGGCCAAAUAUGGGGCCGAGCAGGGCGCAUGGCCAUGCACGACCUUAGGUCUUUAGGGUUUACUUCCAGGAUUCCGGUCUCCCUUGAUGCCAGCGGGAUCGAAGCGCUUAAGAUUCUUCAGCAAAGAUUGACGCAUGGAAAGCCUCGUGUCAUCCGUGCUGGGUGGAAAGAAAAGCCGAUUCUGCUGUUCACAGACGGAGCACUGGAGGAUGAUAACCUUGAUCACGGACCGGCUACUGUGGGGGCGGUCAUGUUUAAACCGAAUGAGCCCAACGUUCACGCUUUCGGAUGCGAGGUGCCGGCAAACGUACUGUCUCAUUGGAGAUCCGAUGGCAAGAAACAUGUCAUAGGUCUUGUGGAGCUUUACGGCGCCAUUCUGGCUCUUCGGCAUUGGCGCAAACACUUGGACGGCAGCCGAGUGAUAUUGUUUGUCGACAAUUGGUGUGAUGCCGGAAGGAGAGCAUCAGAGUACGUACACCCUAGGUGGAUCGAUGCUGGAUGGAACGCAUCGUGA